CGCCCCCCUGGCCCCCCCGAAGGGGCGAAACUCGAGACAGUGGGGGCGGUAAUGUGGCGGAGGUGUUGAAAAAGCCACAGCUGGUUUUGUUAGCAUUCCACCCACAACAGUGAAUUAAAUCCACCAACAAUUCCCCAAUAAUAAUUCAAAAAGAAAAAUAAAUAUUCACCCCACCCCCGACGAAUUUUUCACACGCCAAACGGUAGGGCAAAUAAAAAAAAAACCCCUGAAUUUAUGAGGUCAGGGAAAUUCGAAGGUCAGCUGGGGCUUGAGGUGUCCAGUAUCUCCUGGAGUGGCACGAGGUCUCAAAAUUAAGGGGACUUAUCUCGAGGGAGGGGUAGGAUAUUCAAGUGAUUAUUUUUAAUCCUCUCGAGUCAUGGCUGAACUUUUUCAUUUUGAACUGCACGAUUGUGACACGGUGGUGAGAGAUGAGUCCGAUGACGAUGUCAUUGAAAUUGGAGAGGAAGAGUACGACUCGAAUCCGAACGUCAAUGAAAUCAUCGAGACGGAUGGAUGCGAAACUGUUGCCAUUUCCGAGCAAAAUGUCAACCGUGGGAGGGAAAGGGCUGGACCCCAGGACUUUGAAUUGUGCAAAGUCAUUGGUAAGGGAGGAUAUGGAAAGGUUUUUCAGGUGAAAAAACUCACUGGCCACGACGUUGGCACUUAUUUCGCGAUGAAGGUACUCCGCAAAGCGUCGAUAAUUCGCAACCAGAAAGACACAGCGCACACAAAAGCCGAGAGAAAUAUCUUGGAGGCUGUUAAGCAUCCCUUCAUCGUCGACCUGAUGUACGCAUUCCAGACAAAAGAAAAGCUCUACCUCAUUCUGGAGUACAUGUCUGGGGGUGAGCUAUUUCACCAGCUGAAUCUCGAGGGUCUCUUCCUGGAGGAUCCCGUGUGCUUCUACCUGUCGGAGAUUAUUCUGGCGCUUCAGCAUCUCCAUCAGCAGGGAAUCAUUUAUCGAGAUCUCAAGCCGGAGAAUAUUCUUCUGGAUGCUGAGGGCCACAUUAAAUUGACUGAUUUUGGUCUGUGCAAGGAGCACAUCCAAGACGGCACUGUUACUCACACAUUUUGCGGAACUAUCGAGUACAUGGCACCUGAAAUUCUUACAAGAAGUGGACAUGGAAAGGCUGUGGACUGGUGGAGUCUUGGGACUCUCAUGUAUGACAUGUUGACAGGUGCUCCACCGUUUACCUCUGAUAACCGGAGGAAAACCAUUGAAAAAAUUCUCAAGGGCAAGUUGACCUUGCCUCCCUAUUUAACCCCCGACGCCAGGGAUCUCAUAAGGAAACUCCUGAAGAGACAAGUCCAUCAGAGACUAGGAUCUGCCCCCUCGGACGCUGAACAGAUAAAAAAUCACGUGUUCUUCAGGCAUAUCAACUGGAAUGAUGUCAUCUCCAGAAAGCUAGAGCCACCGUUCAGACCAAAAUUGACAAGUGCUGAUGAUGUCUCCCAGUUUGACAAAAAAUUCACCAGCUCAGCACCCAUUGAUUCACCCCCUGACUGCACACUCAGUGAAAGUGCUAAUCGCCUCUUUCAGGGAUUUACUUAUGUAGCACCGAGUGUUCUGGAAAACAUGUAUCAACCUCAUGUGGUCCACGCCAGGAGCCCCCGCAGGAGUCACCUCAAGAGUUUUUCCCCACGUGCUAAUCAUUUCCACCAUCACCACAGACACAACGGAAUUGGUCACAACAGCAUAGAAGACGCCGAGAUGAUUAUAGGUUAAUAAUCACCCCUAAUUAACGAAAAAAUUGAUUAGCUCUAGAUAACCAUGAACUCUUUAUAAUUUUAUCCCGAAGAAUCAGUCGAGUUUCCACGAUCCUUCGAUCUCAGGGAAGGAUAAACAUAAUUAAUUCCAUAAAUCCCCUUGAUUACCAAUUUUUCAUUGAAGAAUGUAGAAGAAAAUAAUCCCAUUACUGACGUUCAAACAUUUUUUAAAUUAAAUAAAACAAACUGGUGGAGGAGCAUUACGUGGAACUGCACUCGACGAUUCUGGGAGUUAGCGAAUUUUUUCUCGUAUAAAUAAUAUUUUCUUCUUUAUAUUGAUUAAUAUUAAUCGCGAAGCAAUUUUAUGAUUAAUUAACGUUUGUUCAUCGAUUGCUGAUACCUCCGAAUGAGUCAGAAUUUUCCCAAAAAUAUGAUAAUAACGAGAGGAAAAUUGAAAUUCGAGACGAAGAUUUUUAUUGAGAAAAUACUGAAGGCUGAUUUCAUAUGAAUAAGAGCUCCUUAAUGCAAUCAUUGGUUGUUUUAAUUGAAUGAUGGGGAGAAUAGUCAUCGAUGAGGAAUUAAUGAGAAAAUAUAUUAAUUUGAUGUGACGAGGAAAAUAUCGAAGGGAUGAUUUUUCUCUGUGUACAUUUUUUUGGUUUUCAUUGAUUAAUUGAUCAACGAUUUGAUCAAUUAUUGGAAUAAUUGACGACAACUAUGUGUAAUCGACCAUUUAAACUCGAAAACUGCCCAAGUGUUCAUGGAUUAAUCAUCGAAAGAUGAGAAUCCCCCGAAUUUUGUUCAUUUUGUAUCGAAAUAGCGAGAGAAUCUGAUGAACAGCUGUUCAAUUCCUUAAUUUAAAAUUGGUAAUUGAUACGAUACAACACCUCCAACGUAAUAUUAAUGAAUAAUUGAUAAAUCAUGAAUUCACCCAGUGACUGAACAAUUAUUAAUUUUUUUUUUCUUCCAUU